AUGACUUUCACAUCGUACUGUCGAUUAUGUGCAAAAUGUAUAGCAGAAGUUGAUUUAAUUGAUAUACAUGGCAAUCGAAACGGCUUAGAAAUGAAAAUUAAACAAUGUUUUCAAUUCGAAUUGGAUAAUGAUAAUGUUUCACCGAAACAAGCUUGUAUAUUAUGUGUAUCUAAAGUGCAAUUGUUCCAUGAUUUCGUGAUACAAGUACAAAAAGCUCAACUAGUAUUCAAAUCAAAUACUAAUUUUGUUGAGACAAAAGUUGAAGUGAACAAUGCUGACUUGGAUGAUUUUAAAUAUGAUUUAAAUAAUACAAAUUCGGACAAGUUUUCAGAUUACGACGACAAUUAUGGAGAAAGUGGGUCUGAUGACGAUUAUGAACCUGAACCUGAACCGACUGAAAUUAAAAGUAAAUCCAAACAAUCGAAAAAGAAUGGAUUGCAAUUUAAAAAAGAAGAUGAAACGGAAACAGAAGAAGAUAUUGAAGCGAUGAAAACAGCAUUUUAUAAAAAAGUGAAUGAAAUGUCUGCAAAAAAAUUCAGUCAUUUAAUAACCGACGAAAUGUACGGCCGUUUAAUACGUGAAGUUGAAGAGAGCGAAGCAAAAACAAAAAAAAUCACUGACGAUUAUAAAAGAUUAAAUCGUUUUGAAGUAUUAAUUACCGAUGAUAAUUGUAAAAAAUUAAUUGUACGUCGAAAUAAACCAACGGAUCCAAUCAAAUAUUUUGUACCAAAAAGUGAAAUGUUUACGUUAUUACGUGAAGCACAUUUACAAUUAAAUCAUGGGGGUCGGUGUCGUGUAGAAGCUUUGCUACGUUCAAAAUAUAAAAAUUUAUCGACCGAUUUAACAAUGAUGUAUCUAAAUUUGUGUAAAGUGUGUAAGAAUCGUAAAAAACCACCAUACGAACGUGAUCAAGCAAAAUCGAAAGAAGUUAAACAGCCUGCAUCCACUCCAGCAAGAUUAAAAUGUAACGUAUGUAAUAAAAUGUUUCAUACAUCAAACGAAAUUACCGAUCAUUUUGAAAGUGUUCAUAAACAACCAGUUGAAUUCAUUUGUUUGGAAUGUUCGAAAAUCUUUUACAAUUAUAUUAAAUAUCGUAAUCAUCUUUUAAGUCAUAAAAAUAAAUAUCGAUAUAGAUGCGAACAAUGCGAUAAAUGUUUUUCAUCAAAUCGAAAAUUACAAGAUCAUAAACAACGACAUUUAAAAGUACGCAAAAAGAAACAUUUUUGUAGUGUUUGUGGCAAAGGAUUUUUAGAACGAAGUUAUCUAACAAAACAUGAGAAACGGAUUCAUUUAAUUGGUGAUAUUUCACCGGAACAAUUGAUUAAACAUGAAUGUGAUAUUUGUCACAAGUCAUUUUCAUCCAUGUCCAAUAUGAAUAACCACAGGAAAAUUCAUUCUGGUAUUCGAGAACAUACUUGUGAGCAUUGUGGUAAAAGUUUCUUCUAUAAAAAAUGUUUGGAACAUCAUAUAACAACGCAUAGCGACGAACGGCCUUUUACAUGCGAACAAUGUCCCGCACGUUUCAAAACAAAAAUGCUUCUAAGACAACAUGUACUCGUGCACACAGGAGCUACACCGUUCCAAUGUUAUAUAUGCGGAAAGAAAUUCAAACGAAAGCCAGCAUUAAUUAGCCAUUCUAUAACUCACACAAAUUUGUAUCCAUUUAAAUGUGAAAUAUGCGAUAAACGUUUUCGUUCAAAGAAAAAUUGUCUUUUUCAUCAACGUUUACACACGGGCGAAAAACCGUACUCUUGUGAGAUGUGCAAUCGACAUUUUGCAUGCUCAUCGUACUACGAUAAACAUAUGAAACGUAAUCAUGGCGUUGUCAAAGUCAAAAAAGAGUUUUCUAGUUGCUAAAAAUGUUUAAUUUUAUGUUUCCUUCUAGCUAAAUAAGUUUUAACGAUUUUAUGGAAAACAUAAGUUAAUUAUAUCUCAAACUUUAGAGAUAGUUUUUCUUUUCUUAAAGGACGUUAUUAAACUUUGAGCCUUGUUCGAGAUUUACCAAUCCUCGCACAGUUGAAAACAUAAUGGUAAAAUACAUUAUACCCUUUUCAAUAAUAAGGGAAAUCUGACCCUGGUGCAGGAAUAAUCCAAAAAGAGGGUUUUCGAGUAAGAGAACAUUUUAUUUUGUCAAAAUGUAGUAGUUCGAAAUUAUGCGGUGAAGUAAUCGAAAAAUUGUAUUUUUCGUAUAUGGACCUCCAGCUGGUUACAUUUGGCUUAAUGUUACAUCUGAUAUAAUGUUUCACACAAAUUGCGAUAAAAUUUCUUUAAAAAAAAUUGAAGUGUGCCGUAAUUUGAAUGUAAAGUGUCCCAAAAUUGACGAACGAAGUAAUUUUAAUACAAAACACAGAUUUUUUGUAAAUCUUUUAUCGAUUCGUAAAAUAGACAGUCAAAUUGUAAUUAAU